AUGGCCUACUACCGCCCGUCCAGACAACAAGCGCGCCCAUACGGAUAUGACGAUGACUACGUAGCGCCAGAUCCCGGGAGGUCGUAUGACCCUUACGAUGACCGAAAUGCACCUCCUCCCCGCAAAGUCAGAAGAGAGCCGGCAACAGAUGCGUCACCUCCCCGUCGCUACAAGACACAAAGAAGUCGCCGCCCUCCGAGUCCUGGCAGGCCAGGGUACCCUGAUGAUCCUAUGAUGGAUGAUCGGAGAGCCGAAGGCCGUCCCCGUCGCAGAUAUGAGCCGGAGCGUCGUGGACGGAGUGCCGGGCCUGAUCGACGAAGCCGAGACAUCAGCCCUCCACCCUUCGGACCCCCGCCAGAUUCACCUCGCCGAAAGGCUCGCUCAGCUCGUCCCGAUCGCGAUGCUCAUUCCCCCGAGCGAGAAUUUCGCCAAUCUUCACGCGAGCCUCGCUCAGGGCGGGAUCGGGAUCGGGAACGGGAGUUACCCAUCCGUGGAAAACGGGACGCACGACCUGACAGAUACCCUCGAUUCGAGCGCGAUGCUCCACCAGUGCAUCCUUACGAUCGUAAUGCAUAUGCCCGGGAACCAACUUCACGCGCAUACCCCGAUGAUCCUCGAGACCAACGACGGUCCAAGCACCGCGAUGCUGAGCCGGAAUCGCCUCGGCGCCAUGGAAGAUCAGUGCCACCGUCACCUCGAUCUAAGUCGCAAGGACGGGGUCGAAAGUCACGAUAUCCAGACUCCGACUCUGACUCGGAGGAUGAUCAUUACGGUGCCAAACUUGGAGCUGCUGGAGCUGGAGCGGGUGCCGCUGCUGCUGCCAGUCGACGACGCCCACGGUCUCAAACAAGAGACCGUCGUGGGCGAGAUCCUGCUCGAUCUCCAAAUCGAGGUCGGCCUCCGACCACACAGAAGAAUCGCGGCAGCGGUCCUGCCGGACGUCGCAGCUCCAUGCCUGCUAGCACCAAGCCACGCACUGCAUGGUGGCAGAACCCCAUGGUCCAGGCUGGUGCCCGUACUGCUUUCACAGCUGGUGCUCAAGCUGCGAUGAAAUCUGGUCAUGAAUCUGGUCCCUGGCUCGGCCCCAAGGGCGCCAAAGUUGCAACAGCUGCUCUUGGUGCGGCCUUGGUUGAUGGCUUCAUGGGCCAGAAGCAUCCCAACAGUACCAGACAGAAACUGAUGAGGCAGGGCGUUGACCUUGCCUCAGCUCAAACCACAAGGGUGCCCGAGCACCAUGGCCAUAGUCGCAGACGAUAA